AACAAACACUGCUGGAAACUGAACAGAGGAAUCACUUGAGUGUUUAUGCUCUAUUAGAAACAGGGUAUUUCAGGAUGUAACUGUGCAGUUAGUGAUAAUUUAUUUUAAGUUUUCUAAACAUCGCAGAAAGUUCUUGCACUUUAACUCUUGCACAUCACUGGUUUUAAUAAUGAUCAACGACACUGUUGCGUUUGGAGAACUGGUCACUAAUGUUUCUGAGCCGCUGCCGCCUCUCUCUCUCAGCCACAACCAAAGUGCGUUCCCUGCGCUCUGGCUCGAGUCCAAGUCUCUGGUCACUUCAGCCACCAUGUUCGCAGUGGGAGUCUUGGGGAACUUGAUCGCCAUUGUCGUGCUGUGCAUCUCCAAGAAGGAGCAGAAGGAAACCACUUUCUACACUCUGGUGUGCGGAAUGGCCAUCACGGAUCUGUUGGGAACGUGCUUCACCAGCCCGGUGGUGAUCGCCACAUAUGUGGCCAACCGGUGGCCAGGAGGAGUGCUGCUCUGCCACUUCUUCUCCUUCUCCAUGCUCUUCUUCGGCUCAGCAGGGAUGUCCAUCCUGUGCGCCAUGGCUGUGGAGCGAUACUUGGCCAUAAACCAUGCGUAUUUCUACUCCCAGCACAUAGACCGGACAAUGGCGCGCUUUGCGCUCCUGGUCACAUAUCUAGCGAACAUCGUGCUGUGCAUUAUGCCCAGUUUUGGCUUCGGGAAGCACAUCAGGCACUUCCCCGGUACUUGGUGCUUUCUGGACUGGAGGGCGAUGGAUCCACUCGGUGCCUGCUACUCCUUCCUGUACGGCGGCGUGAUGCUGGUGCUGAUCGCAGUGACGGUGUUGUGUAACCUGGCGGUGUGUAGGUCGCUGGUGGGGAUGAACAAGAGGACAGGGAUAGUCAGGACGGAGCUGUGUGAGCAGGGAGGAUCACGGCGCCGGUUCCCCCGGCUGCCGUCGGUCACCUCAGCGGCAGAGAUCCAAAUGUUCUGGCUGAUGAUCUUCAUGACCAUCGUUUUCCUGGUCUGCUCCAUCCCUUUAGUGGUGCGAAUCUUUGUGAACCAGAUUUACGACCCUGAGUAUAUCUCUGCCGGAGGGAAACCUGACUACCGCAGUGACCUGCUGGCGAUCCGCUUCGCCUCAUUCAACCCCAUACUGGACCCCUGGGUGUACAUUUUGUGCCGGAAGAACCUGCUGCUAAAGGGCUGCGAGCGGCUGAAGAGGACAGCUGCUCUUGUUAAGGACGGCCGUGGUGACAACACUGGCUGGGUAGGAGGUCAGCACUCCCCUCCGUCUUUAAACAGCAAUGACACCAGCUACGCGUCAUUACGCACAACCGGCUUCAGAAGUGAUGUUGAAAACCAGGUGUCCAUGAAGAAUAAACCCUUUACAGACUUCGCAAUGAGGCAAGCGUGGGAGUACGACACCGCGCGGGUCAACUUUCACCCGUUCAGCGUGGAGUCCACCGCGAUCCUCGGCUGUGAGGAGGAAGAAGCAGCCGGAUCCAAACAGGAGGUGGCGGCCAAGUCGUCUCCAGGACGCAGCGCGACGCCGCUGCUCUCUGCGCACGUUAGGAAAGUGGACAUUGUCACGUGUACGUUUAGUACACCGAGCUCGUGCCAGUCAGCGAAAUGUCUUUGAUGAACAUUUAACUGCCAUUAGUAGUUUAUAUAAAUGUGUCAAACUGCUACUUUUUAAUUCAACUGUGAGACACUUGUGAUGGUUUCAGCCACCAAAGAGCCAAAUCACCUUAAAUUAAUGAAACACUUGAAACAGCACUUAGUAACUGUGACUGAACUCAUCUCAACAUCAGCACUGGGUCAUGCAUCUGCUGCAUUAACAUGUCUACAUGUAAUUUAGGUUUUACCUUAAUGUUAAGGGAUCCACCUGAGGGUCUGCGCUACAGUUAGGCUACAGGGCAUUUUCAACUUCUUCUUCAUAUCAAUAUGUCUGAGGUCUAGAAAAACACAGUCCCAACAUCCUACAGUUAUAUCUAUAAGCAUGUGUGUGCAGUAAACGGGUGUCACAGGGGGUCAUUUUUGGGGGGUUGUUGUGGGUGCUGGUACAAAAACUGCUGAACUUGUUUUUAUUCCAGUGUGUCCUUUGAUUUUAAUCAGACCAGUGGUCUUCAGUCUUAAGUGCUAUAUUGUAGCCAACUGGACUUGCUUGAGUUUCUUGAAGAUGUUUCACCUCUAAACCAAGAGGCUUCUUCAGUUCAGAGCUGAAGCACCAUCUUCACCGACAGGGCUCUUAAGUGUUUUUUAGGCCAAGGGCCCCUCAGCUGAAAGAGAGACGGAGCAGGGACCUCGCACUGCUUGGAUAAAAUUGAACUGCAUAUUAAACUGGGCCUAAAAUAACAUGUAGGGCAGGCUUAACUGUGUAGAGAUACCCUUUAAUUGUGAGUACAAUACUAAGCUGUUAAAAUCAUAACUACUGACAGAUGAAUAUAUUUAUACAUCAUGUUUUAAUGUGCUGUGAUUUAGUGUAGGUGAAAUAGUAAGUCGAUGGUUCCCCUCUGCAGUAACUCUGAGGACUCCCUAAAGGUCGUGGACCCUCUGUUGAAGACCCAUUAAUUUGACCAAUAGCUACAGUUUUAGUUGAAUCUGAUUUGCUGUCUGAUGUGAUAAGACUUCAGCUGAAAGUGCACAGACGAAUGUGAAAGUUUCCAACCGUGGAACAGAAUACAGUCAUACCCUGUGGGUACAAAUCAAAGUUGUGACACUCUAAGAGUUUGAUACACUGUAUGAAUCCAAAUGUGCCAUUAACAUGUUUGUUCUUUAUGUGUUGUUACAUUUAAUGUUUUUUUAUCCACAUGCUGCUAAUUUACUGUGCCUGUGUUGCAUGAUGCAGGGGAACUGAGUGUCGACCUUCUGAACCUUGUACAUCUUGUUUUGUAUUGUACAUUUGCAUAUAAUGUUUUUAUA